CUGGGUCCCUUUUUCUAGCAAAGCUCAAACAGCCUCUGAAGCCUUCACUAUCUUCCUAAACGAGGAGGAUGCAAGCCUUGCGCUGGGGAAACCAUAGCUCUCACGGAGUUUGUUCUUUUCGGGCUCUCCCGCACAAAGAGAUGCCUGUCACUCUGUCCAGCGCCUCCGUCCUCCUCUGCUUGACCAGCCUUCCGGGCAAUGGGCUCCUUGUCACUUCGAUGCGCACGGACUCCCGCCUCCACAUACCCCUGGACUGUUUCCUCCGCGUCCUCUCCAUUACGGAUAUGGGCUAUGUGACCACCACCGUGCCCCAGAUGCUGGUGCACCUGGUUUGCAAGAAGAAGACCAUCUCCUACGCCGGAUGUGUGGCUCAGAUGUACAUUUUCUUGAUGCUCGGAAUCACUGAGUCUUGGCUUUUUGCAGUCAUGGCUCAUGACAGGUAUGUGGCCAUUUGCCAUCCCUUGAGGUAUAAAGUCAUCAUGAGCCCUUUGCUUUGCGGGUCAAUGGUGGCCUUCUGUGGAUUCUGGGGUAUCAGAUGUGCCCUGAUAUACACUGUCUCUGCUAUGAUCCUUCCCUACUGCGGUCCCAAUGAGAUCAAUCACUUCUUCUGUGAAGUACCUGCUGUCUUAAAGUUAGCCUGUGCAGACACGUCUCUCAAUGAUCAGGUGGACUUCAUCUUGGGCUUUAUCCUUCUGUUGGUCCCGCUCUCCCUCAUCAUCAUUGUCUAUAUCAAUAUUUUUGCUGCCAUCUUGAGGAUCCGCUCAGCCCAAGGGCGGCUCAAGGCCUUCUCCACCUGUGCCUCCCACACCACCGUGGUCACCAUGUUCUCCAUACCAUGUAUGGUCAUGUACAUGCGACCUGGCUCUGAGGCCUCCCCAGAAGAGGACAAGAAGUUGGCUCUGUUCUACAAUGUUAUCUCUGCUUUCCUCAACCCCAUCAUCUAUAGUCUAAACAAAGAUGUGAAGAGGGCUUUCCUCAAAGUGACAGGCUGGCGCAAAGCGCCAGAAUGA